ACUCAGUUUCCUUCCACAUCAACACCUCUAUCAAAAUGGCCCCCAAGAAGGACGAGAAGCCCGCGACCGCCGAGGCUGGCGCCGAGGCCCCUGCCAAGGCUGAGGCCAAGCCCAAGGCCGAGAAGGCCGCCAAGAAGGCCAAGAAGGAGCCCUCCAAGAAGGCUGCCAAGGAGCCCAAGGGCGACGGCGAGAAGAAGGACAAGAAGAAGAAGAAGAGCGCCGUGGAGACCUACAAGCUGUACAUCUACAAGGUGCUCAAACAGGUGCACCCCGACACCGGCAUCAGCAGCAAGGCCAUGUCCAUCAUGAACAGCUUCAUCAACGACAUCUUUGAGAAGGUGGCCACCGAGGCCUCCAAGCUAAGCCGCUACAACAAGAAGCCCACCGUGACCUCCCGCGAGAUUCAGACCGCCGUGCGCCUGGUGCUUCCCGGCGAGCUGGCCAAGCACGCGGUGUCGGAGGGCACCAAGGCCGUGACCAAGUUCACCUCGGGCUAAGCACGCUCCGAGGCUGGACCUGUUCUUCAACCCUCUCAACAAAACUCGGUGUUUCUUAACACCACCUUGACACGGGGCGUAGGGUUGGGGAUGGAUUGCAGCAGCUCGCGUGGGCAGCGGAUGAGCCUGGACAGCAGGUCGCAUGGGGGGAGGGGAUUAGAGGGACUGGGGCAAGGCUGGCGACACAGGAUGUAUGCUGUCGCCAGCCUUGCCCCAGUCCCUGCUCCGAUAUUGGGGAUGUCGGGUUCCCAUGGGGAGCUGGCUGGCUUGGGGCGCCAGGCUCUACUGACCGUUACUGGCUGGCCUGAGCGCGGGUGCACGCCACACACGUACACGUCGUUAUGCAAAAGGCGUGAGACGCAGCUCGACACUGCCCGGGCCAUGGAUGCAGGACGAAUCUAGGAC